GUGGCACACGGUGGCACCGCACGGCCUGCCUCGAGGCCCGAACACUCGGAUAAUGUUCGUCAUGCCGCUAGCCUCGCGAGGGGCACGCCGUCUCCAGGCCGCCUAGGCCGCCGAGGCCCAGCCUAGGCCUCAUCGCCACCACGCUGCACAAUGUCGUGACGCCGCGUGACGAGGACACGCUUCGUUGUGGUAGUGCGCCGUGACACGUGUGUGUGUGCGCGCGUGGUUUGUGUUUGUGUUGACGCGGUGCUCCGCGGUGUGUGUGUGUCUGUGCGCGACUGCGCGUGUGUGUGUUUACCUGUCGCCCUCCUCCCACGCACCCGGUCGCGCCGACGGCCCUGCUCCUUGCCGAGGCGGCCGAGGCGGCCGAGUUUUGAAACGCAAACCGGAUACGCCGCCGUCUCCAACCACUGCGCCAGCUGCGCCACCGGACCACGUGAUCGCCGGCGUGGCCCAGGCCGGGGCCUGCAUCGAGGCCUGCAGGGCCGUGCACGCGUUGUGUGCUUCCAGGAUGCCGCCGGAGCGCGGCGAUGCCUCCACGGCCGCUAGGGGCUCUCGUUGACGUCCUGGACGACAUGGCCGCCAUGUACAGCCCCGACAAGAUGAUGAACGGCAAGGGGCACGGCCCGCUGCACCCGACCUCCAUCGCCCCCACCCCGUGCUUUCCCGGCAGGUACUCGCCAACGUACCGCGGCCAGGACCCCAUGCGGCGGUGCGUCGCCAACCCCUCGUUGGCCGAUGUGACUGACAUGAAACCAUCCCUUGUUGCAUGUCCGCGGGACGAUCAGAAGGGCUCCGAGUACCUGCCAUCAGUUCACGAGCACGACUACAAGAGUCGGAUUUUAGAGGAUGCAUCAAUAAUGUGCAACUCGUGGUCGCCGAGGCAUAAUGGGGACUUGUUCUCCGGGCUGAACGACGGGCUGCUGUCGCGGGCGGAGGCCCUGGACAUCGGCAAGCACCAGGGCGGCACGCAGAUCAAGCACGACAUGAUGUACCACCACGCCAUGCCGCCCCACAACGCGAGGACGCACCAGAUGGGGCCGCACGGCAUGGACGGCCUGGACCGCGGCCUGGACCGCGGCCUGGACAUGCUGGAGGCGGGCGGGAUGACGACGCUGACGCCCAUCUCGGACAACUCGCACCACCAGCUGCACCCGCCGCCCAUGUACAACCCCAUGAACUCGAUGAUGGGCGGCCACCACCAUCACCACCACCACGGCGGCCCGCUGACGGGGCACGCGCCCCACCACCCGCACCACCCGCACCACCACCCGCACCCGUCGGCGCACCACCCGGCCAUGGCGGCCGCGGCGGCCGCGGCGGCGGGGCUGCACCCGGACUCGGACACGGACCCGCGUGAGCUGGAGGCGUUCGCGGAGCGCUUCAAGCAGCGCCGCAUCAAGCUGGGCGUGACGCAGGCCGACGUGGGCAAGGCGCUCGCCGCCCUCAAGCUGCCCGGCGUGGGCGCGCUGUCGCAGUCCACCAUCUGCCGGUUCGAGUCGCUCACGCUGUCGCACAACAACAUGAUCGCCCUGAAGCCCAUCCUGCAGGCGUGGCUGGAGGAGGCGGAGGCGCAGGCCAGGAGCAAGCGUCAGGACCCGGACGCGCCCAGCGUGCUGCCGGCCGGAGAGAAGAAGCGCAAGCGAACCUCGAUCGCGGCCCCGGAAAAGCGGUCGCUGGAGGCGUACUUUAACGUGCAGCCCAGGCCGUCCGGGGAGAAGAUCGCGGCCAUCGCCGAGAAGCUGGACCUCAAAAAGAAUGUGGUCCGUGUCUGGUUCUGCAACCAGCGGCAGAAGCAGAAGCGCAUGAAGUUCGCCGCGCAACACUGACAGGGGGCCGGGGGGCCGGGCGGGGGAGCCCCCACGCCCAUGCCCCCCGGGCACUGCAUGCAGUGACCGUGCAGUGACCCCCUGCCCCUCCCCUCCCCGCCCCUCGCGUCGCGCGCCCACAUAGCUGAGAGAGACGAGUGUCGAGUCGCUCCUUCCGUUCU